AUGUUCCUACCGAGUGUCCACGCAGAGACGGACAAUGCCGUCCUGUUUCAGUUCAUCCGUGAAAACCCCCUAGGAAUGCUUAUCACAGGAAUAGAGUCUUCUCUAGACUUCCUGCAAUGCACACACGUCCCCUGCGUGCUAGACCUGCCCGAAGAAGCCGGACAGUCCGCGCCCCAGGGUCGCCUUCGCGCGCACAUCGCCAAACAGAACCCACAAGUGAAAGGCAUGAUUGAGGCCUUGGAGAACAAGCCAAAUGUCAUGGAGCUCGAUAGAGAUGUUCUUGUUGUUUUCAAUGGCAAACACCAUCACUACGUGACUCCCAAAUAUUACACCGAAACAAAGCCUGACUCGGGCAAAGUCGUACCAACCUGGAACUACUCGGCGGUUCAGGUCUAUGGCAAAUUGUCUCUCUAUUACGAUUCCAAGACUCCAGAAGCUGGGAAGUUUCUCUCGCAGCAAAUCCAGGAUCUUUCACAGCAUACGGAAACAUCGAUCAUGGGUUAUUCUGGUGGUGAACGACCACAGCCGUGGAAAGUGGGUGACGCGCCAGAGAAAUACGUCGAGUUAUUGCAGCGGAAUAUUGUGGGAAUUGAGAUUCGUAUCGACAAGAUCCAAGGAAAGUUUAAGAUGAGCCAGGAGAUGCGACCUGGUGAUCGGGAGGGUGUGGUACAAGGAUUUUCGAAGUUGGGCGGUGAGACGGGGGAAGCUAUCUCCAAUUUGGUCAAGGAACGUGGUGUACUCCACGAUGAGAAGAAGCAGAAGUCUUAG